CGAUGACCCAACGACAUGGCGGCAAAUGUCGGGGCUGUGUUGCCUGCUGUACACGCUGCCGUCGGGGACGCUGAGCCGCAUCCCCCGCGGGGCCCUCAUGUCCUGUCAGUGCCACAUCGCCGACCGCGCCCAGUACGCCUCUGAGGACGAGGCCCGGCAGAUGGAGUGUCGCAGCGACCUCGGCGAUGACUACGACGCCGAGCUCUGGCAGCGCGACAACGUGCGGCGCGUGCAGGCCUGGGCGGCGCUGGACAUCCUCGACCCUUACACCAUCCCCGGCUACAACCCCAGCGGGAGGAGGAAGAGGGCUUUGAGGGAUGUCGCGCUGUGUAAUCGCGCUUCAGUUAACGGGGUGGACGACAUCAGCGUCGAGGAACUGAGCGCCGCGUCCACAAGCGACAUCAUGCAGUGCCUGAAUCCCCUGGGGGAUCGAAAAAUGGACAAGAGUAAAGCAAAGAUCCUGAUGAAUAAAGUGGAUAAGGGGUUAAAACUCACCAACUCGCUCAUGAGCAAAUUGAACUUCAUCAUGGAAGGCUUCCAGACCAACGAAUUCCAUGAACUACCAUCUUUUUGCCCUCUGGAUGACUUCACUGAAGCUGUCACUGUUUUGGGCGAUGAGAAGAAGAGGUUCUUAAUCGACGAGGUGAAAAAUUUCCCUAAUUUAACUCCGAAAAAAACCUUGUACGUUUAA